CCCUCCAUCAUGGCCGACACGUCGCCCCUCGAGGCCCACCGCGCCACGCACGAGGAGGCCGAGCGCCUCGAGUCCGCCCUCGUCGACACGCUCCUCGCCGCCGGCAGCACGCACCGCGAGGCGCUGCGCCGCGCCCACCGCGCCUCGUCGCUGCUCGACGCCCUCACCGCGCGCCACGCCGCCCUCGCCGCGCUCUACGCCGAUGCCGACGGCGUGCGCCGCGCCGAGCUGGCGCGCAUCGACGACGGCGGCGCCGACCUCGGCGGCUUCUACGAGCGCCUCGCCGCACUGCGCGCCUACCACGCCAAGUACCCUGGCGCGGCGCCCGACGCCUUCAGCGUGCCGCCGCCGCCGGCGCCCGUGCCCGGCGUGCUCGACGAGGUGGACCGCCUCUUCUCGGGCGAGGAGGCCGGCGGCCGCUUCCUCGACCUCGCCACGCACCACACGCGCUUCAUCAACCUCAAGGGCGUGCGCCGCAUGCCCUACCUGCGCUUCCUCGCUGAGCUGGCCGCGGCAUCGUCGGCUGCCUCCGUGCCGCACGAGACGAAGCGCAGCGAGAGCUACAAGAAGUAUCUGGACGACCUGAACCUCUACCUCCUCUCGUUCCUGCGCAACACGCGGCCGCUCGCAGACGUCGACUACCUCGAGCUCAGCGCGCUGGCCGACUUCGAGGAGACGUGGGAGCAGCGCGCCGUGCCCGGCUGGGAGGACUGGGGCGAGAGCGUGUGGGGCAAGAGUGCGGCAGCGGCGCCGGCAGGCGAGGAGAGUGGAGCCAAGGAGGGCGUUUGGUGCGAGGCCUGCAAGCGGACAUUCGCCAAGCAGACCGUGUACGACGGCCAUCUCUCGGGCGCAAAGCACCAAAAAGCCGCAGCCCGGCUAGCCGCUGGCGGCAGCAGCGCAGCGGCAUCAGGAUCCGGCGGCGCCUCGACAUCAGAGGCGCAGUCGAGCGCCGCAGCAGAGCUCGAGGCGGCCAAGCGGCUGGCACGCAGCAAGGCGCUGGCGCGCGCCGAGGUGCUGCUGGCGGCGCUGCGGCAAGAGCUGGCAGAAGUGCUGUCUGAGACGCGCGCCAACGUGGAGCGCAAGGCUGCGCUGACGGACAAGGAGCGGCAGGCAGAGGCCCUGGCUGCUGCUGGGCUGGACGGCGACGCUGCGGGCGCAAACGAGGCGCGUGACGACGAGGCGCGCGGCGCGGCGGCCGACGAUGACGACGAUGACGACGAGCGGAUCUACAACCCGCUGAAGCUGCCGCUCGGCUGGGACGGCAAGCCCAUUCCGUACUGGCUGUACAAGCUGCACGGCUUGGGCGUCGAGUAUCGCUGCGAGAUCUGUAGUGACUUUGUCUACCAGGGCCGCAAGAACUUUGAGCGCCACUUCUCCGAGUCGCGGCAUGCGUUUGGCAUGCGGGCGCUGGGCCUGCCGAACACCAAGCACUUCCACGAGAUCACCAAGAUCGAGGAUGCCCUUGCGCUGGCCGAGAAGCUGAAGCGGCAGGGCAAGCAGGUGGCCGAGGCCGAGGGCGAUGCCGAGGAGGUCGAGGACGAGCACGGGAAUACGUACACGAAGAAGACAUACGAGCUGCUCAAGCGGCAGGGCAUCAUCUGAGAGGCCACCAUGUGUCACGAGGCGAGCGCACGUGCAAUUCCCAUCUGUGUUUUGCGCAAGC